GAAAGUUUCAUCACCAGUCCUGAUGAAGUUCAUCAGUUGUUUGUGAGUAUUUCCAGGUUAGUUGAUAGUCAAGCUUGGUAAAGUUGUUGCACGUGUUUUGGCGAAGUUGUGCUGUGUUUGGUGUAUUUUGCCGGCCCAGCUCGAUCAUCAGGCUCAUCACGUUUCCAGUUGAUCACAGUUUUCGCCGAGCAGCGAGCGGAAGCACAUCGUCAGGUCGGGUUAUCUCAAGUUCUGCAGCCAUGGCGAGUGGAAAGAUUGCGAUUCUAAGCGUGUCGGAUAAGACUGAUUUGUUGGACUUUGCUAGUGGUUUACAUAAACUUGGACUUAAGUUGGUAGCCAGUGGUGGAACUGCUAAAGCUAUCCGUGAUCAUGGGUUGACGGUACGCGAUGUUUCGGAUAUUACUGGUGCACCGGAAAUGCUGGGUGGUCGCGUGAAGACCCUUCAUCCGGCGGUCCAUGCGGGAAUUUUGGCGCGCCAAACCGACUCUGAUCUGGCGGAUAUGGCUCGGCAAAAGUAUGAGCUGGCGCAAAUUGUGGUCUGUAACUUGUACCCGUUCGGGUUGACAAUUUCCAAGCCGGACGUCACGAUCGCGGAUGCCGUCGAGAACAUUGACAUUGGUGGAGUAACUCUGCUGCGGGCAGCGGCCAAGAACCACAAACGAGUAACCGUGCUGUGUGACCCGAACGAUUACGCAAAGGUGUUGGAUGAAAUCAAGCAGUUUGGUGAUACCACCGAGGGAACCCGCCAAGUGCUGGCCUUGAAGGCCUUCACCCAUACGGCCGAGUACGACAACCUAAUCUCGGAUUACUUCCGAAAGCAGUACUCGGCUGGCGUGUCUCAACUGAACCUACGCUACGGAAUGAAUCCACACCAGAAGCCAGCGCAAAUUUUCACCACCCUUGAGAAGCUUCCACUGAAGGUGGUCAACGCGGCCCCCGGGUUCAUCAACCUGUGCGAUGCUCUGAACGGGUGGCAAUUGGUUCGUGAGCUCAAGAAGGCUCUCGGUCUGCCAGCGGCUACGAGCUUCAAGCACGUGUCUCCAGCCGGUGCCGCGGUUGGUGUACCGCUUACCCUAGACCAAGCCAAACUGUGCAUGGUCGAUGACCUCUUCGACAGCCUCACACCCCUUGCUACGGCCUAUGCUCGUGCACGUGGGGCUGAUCGCAUGUCCUCGUUCGGAGACUUUGUCGCUCUGUCCGAUACGUGCGACCUUGUAACGGCCAAAAUCAUCUCGCGUGAAGUCUCUGACGGCAUCAUUGCCCCGGGCUAUACCGAAGAAGCGCUGGAGUUACUCCGCAAGAAGAAGAACGGUGCUUACUGUGUACUGCAGAUCGAUCCCACGUACGAACCAACUCCAGUGGAACGUAAAACCCUCUUCGGUCUCCAAAUGGAGCAACGCCGCAAUGAUGCCGACAUCAGCAAAGCACUCUUCACCAACAUCGUCACCAAAAACAAAAGCUUGCCCGAGGGCGCACUUCGGGAUAUGAUCGUCGCGACCAUCGCCCUCAAGUACACCCAAAGCAACUCCGUUUGUUACGCCAAGGAUGGACAGGUCGUGGGCAUUGGUGCCGGUCAGCAGUCGCGCAUUCACUGCACGCGCCUCGCCGGAGAAAAGGUCGACAAUUGGUGGCUCCGCCAGCAUCCCCGCGUGACUUCGAUGCAGUUCAAGAAGGGCGUCAAGCGUGCCGAAAUCUCCAAUGCCAUCGAUAACUACGUUAACGGAACUGUGGGCAAAGACAUGCCGCUGGCGCAGUUUGAAGCCAUGUACGAAAAGGUUCCGGAGUUCCUGACCGACGCCGAUAAGAAAUCCUGGGCAGCGCAGUUGAGCGGAGUUUCGCUCGGGUCGGAUGCGUUCUUCCCGUUCCGGGACAACGUGGACCGGGCCAGACUCAGCGGUGUGUCGUACAUUGCCAGUCCGGCUGGAUCAACGAACGAUGCUGGUGUUAUCGAAGCUUGUAACGACCAUGACAUCGUCAUGGUUCACACGAACUUGAGGUUGUUCCAUCAUUAAGGGUGGUUAAAUGUGGAAAUUUAUGAUAUGAAAUACAAUAUACAAAAAUAAAGCAUUUCUUAAAAAUA